GCUAGUCGUCUAUGUAAUUGGCUUAAUUGUUAAAAUUGUGUUAAGCAAAAUUUGUUGAAUAUAAAUCAAAACUAAUGAGCGCUGGUGUUAAAGUCCAAAACAAAGCAACAUUAGCAAUAGGUAAUUCAACAAAGCGCUUCCAUUGGCAGCACACACUCAUAUCUGGUUGAUGUUUUGAAACACCCUGUACGUGACGCAGUUACACAACGUCAAGAGAAAUUCUCUAAAUUCUCAGUCUGGACGAGUAGUAGGCCUCAGGGCCAACGAUAGGGGCACGGAUACAACAACAAUAAGCACACAAUUAGAGCUCUGCGACAAUCGUUCAGCAGGGCCGCAACGAUUUUCACUUUCUUUACUUGGCAGAGCUUCUAGCAGUCCGUUGUAGAGUAUUCCCGACAUGGUAGUCACUGCGUCCACUUGCUGCACGGAAACGGUUUUCGAUUACAGCUGGAUCCAUGUCGUUUCUGCCUAUUGGAAUCGUUAUCCCAAUCCGUCAAGCACUCAUGUCCUUACCGAGGACACUAUUAGGCGUGAAGUGCGGGAUGGAAAAUUAUAUUCACGCCGCUUGUUAUCGAAGACGAAUCCCGUGCCCAAGUGGGGGGCACGAUUUUACAACAAUUUGCCGGUGAAGAUUGUUGAGGACUCGGUGCUGGACCCCGUGAAAAAGACAUUUACAACAUUUACCCGCAAUCUGGGCAUGAAAAAGAUAAUGAAAGUGGAUGAAAUUGUAGUGUACAGCGAACAAAAGGACGGACGCACUUUGGCGGUCCGGAGAGCAUACAUUAGCUCUCAAGUAUUUGGCUUCUCCCGUGCAAUACGCGCCUUUGGCAUUGAACGCUUCAAAUCUAACGGCCACAAAGCCUCAAAUGGCUUUAACUACGUGCUGCGACGCAUGUUCCCGCAGAAUCAAUUGGCAGCGUCGUCG